AUGCCUCCCAGAACAGCCCCAGCACCCCGCGCGGUCCCGCCCCAGGCUGCGAGGAUGUCCACCCCCAUGCUUUUCGCGGUGCUCAUCCCCAUCUGCCGGCUCUUCUUCCUCUUCACGCCUCUCUCCCAGCCGUCCUCUCUCAACCUCCAAAUGCCCUUCGCCCCUUCCUCGCCGAUUGCCCCGAGGAACGAGGAAGGGAAGGUGGAUGCGAGCUGGAAACCCAAGGCGUUGGUGGUGACCGCGCACCCGGAUGACGAGGCCAUGUUCUUUGCACCUACGGUACACGGCCUCGGGCUUGCGGGCUGGGAUGUGAGCGCUCUGUGCUUGUCUGAUGGCAAUGGCAAUGGCCUCGGACAUCUUAGGAAGGACGAGCUCUACGCGGGAUACAAGACCCUCGGUGUUGCCGAGGACCAUGUCACGCUCAUUGACAACCCGGAUCUCCAGGACAGUAUCACGACCGAGUGGGACCCCGCUCUCGUCGCUUCCUACAUCUCGGACUCUAUCUCUGCCAACCCCGUGGACCUUAUCAUCACUUUUGACGGUCAAGGAGUCACAUCCCACCCCAACCACAAAUCCAUCCCCGCGGCCAUCUCCCACCUCUCCCCAGCCAGCCGUCCCCGAGUCGUCGCCCUCAAGUCGCCCGAGACAGUCGCCAAAUUCACGGGCCCCCUCCACAUCGUCUACCUCCACUUGAAAUCUCUCCCUUGUCUCCCGAUAUUCCAAACCAACCCCGCCGCCCAAGCCGUCCUCUCCCAAGUCCUCGCCAUGUUCAACCUCUCCCCAGGAGAACAGCAAGGCCUGUGUACUGCCGAGAGGCAUGUUUUGGUGAAUGAUGUAAGGGGGUGGGUGACGGGGAUCAAGGCGAUGAGGGAGCAUAAGAGUCAGAUGGUUUGGUUUAGGUAUUUGUACUUGUUGGGGUCGAGGUUGAUGUGGGUUAAUGAGCUGGAGGAGGUCAAGGUCUAG